AUGUCGGAAGGCCUCCUCCACCCAGUUCAUGCCGAGCAGGCCCUGUUGAAGGACGGUAAGCGUGGCGCGGAAGUCGAUAAGUUGGACAAGUUGGCCUCGGGAGUUCGAAAUCUGACGGUCGCAGCUCUCGAGGCCGAUCCAUUCCACCCUGGUCGCGACGCUUUUACUGUCGAGGAGCAGUCGGCGGUCACGCCCGAGGAGAUCGAGGAGAUGGCAACUACGGUGCGGAGGGACAUCGGGAACUUCUACGACUGGAAGAACAGCAUCCUUCACCCGCGCGGACUAGGAGACGACCUGGCCGCCGAAGUCCUGGCCGCCAGCGUCGGCAUGCACGACUUUGCGGUUGUCCAAGAGAGGGUAGAUAGUAAAGACGGAGACAGCGAGUACGAAGACGGCAAGUACCUGCGGACCAACUACGAAGGCAACGUGGCAAACAUGGUCUACUAUGACUACGGGCACUUCAGGGCCGUUAUUCUCAAGGACGAGUGCGAGUCUAACAUCUCAGAUGAGGAGGACCUGGAAUGGGUAGUGGACUACCUCCUGGAGCUCAUCAAGAUUUCACGGGAAGGUCUCAAGAGGAUAGCCGACAGCGCAGGGACUACGAGCACCGACGCGGGCGUGGACGCCAGUGGGACCGGUGCGGAGGCCAGCGCGGACGUCAGAGCGGAGACGAGUGUGGAGGGAUAUAACGUCACCUUUGGGUCGUACCUGAGUGAGGUGAACACGAGGGAGAAUGUCCGCAGGACCAGCGCAGCGGCCGGUACGGAAACCUCAAGCACCGACGCGGACGCGGACGCGGAGACUGAUGCCGAGGCGGCUGACAUCCCCGUGGACACUGGGGAGGGAACCAGCGCGGAGACCAGCGCCGAGACCAAUGCGGAGACCAGCCUGGACCCUGUGGUGGGGCAAGAAGUCGGGGAGAAGGGUGCAUCUCCCGGUGGUGUGCAGAUCUCUCGACGCCGGUGA